CUGGGGUUGUUCUAUAUCUAGGGAGACAGACGACUUUUGUAUGUUGCUGUCUCACGGUGGUCCAUCCCGACCAAAUGUCGCCAUAGUCAGUCACACAUCAUGACUGCGACGAAAGAACACCUCAUCGCCUCCCCUGCACCGGCUGUGGACGCGGCUCCCGUGGCCGUGUCUCUCGAGCAUGGGGAGAUCACCGCCACGCUGCAUGUCAGUGCUACCAUCGCCGCCACGCUGCAGCCCUACCGCGCCAGUUGGCUGGCCGCCUUGCCCGAUGACGGCCCUUCGUCGCCCAUCAGUUUGGCCGUGCAGUUCCUCGGCCACCUGGCCCGCCAACAGGCCGGUAUCCACGCGGUGCAGGCGGCCCUGCUCGCCUUUGAAUUGGAGUAUCUGCAGGGCUCCGACAUCCACACGGCCGUCACGGCAUUGGCCGAUCCCCUGGGGGCCAAAAAGACCGCUCUCAGCGACUACUAUGCCGCCCUGGCCUAUACCAACCAGCCCUCAUCCAGUCCUCGCAGUGCCCUCUUCGCAUCCGCCCAGGCUGGCGCGGCUCGCAUCACCACCAUCUUUGGGGGUCAAGGAACCGCGAAUCCCUCCUGCGUGCGCGAAUUGCGCUCAUUGUACACCACCUACCGCUCCAUCCUCACUCCGCUCAUCCAAGAAUGUGGCUCCGUCCUGGCCUCGCUCUCCCAACAGCCCGACACGCAACCCUACUUCCACGGCCGCCCCAUUGACCUCGACGCCUGGCUUGCCGGGGAAACCCUCCCGGAGGACUUCGUCAGCGCUGCCCCGGUGAGUCUGCCGAUUUUGGGGCUGUUCGACCUCGCCCACUACUGUGUCAUCUGCACGGUACUCGGCCAGACCCCCGGACAGGUCGCUGCCUCACUGCACGCUGUCUCCGGUCACUCUCAAGGCAUUGUCAUCGCGGCCGCCGUGGCCCGCGCCGACUCGUGGGCCUCGUUCUACGAGAAUGCCCGACUGGCGGUGGAGCUGCUGUUCUGGAUCGGUUUUGAGAGCCACCAGGAUGCUCCCCAGCUGUUCAUUGCGCCCGAGCUGAUUGCCGAGACCAAGGACGCAGGCCACGGUGUGCCCUCGCCCAUGCUCUCCGUCCGGGGACUCGAGCGUCCGGGCCUCGACACGAUCCUGGCACAAUGCAACAAGGUGCUCCCCGAGGAUCGCCAGCUGCAUGUCGCCCUCAUCAACGCCCGCACCAACCACAUCGUGGCCGGCCCGGCCGCGUCGCUGUGUGGUCUCAGUCAGAUUCUGGCUGAACUCCAGGCGGCCGGCGAGAAGGAUCAAACCCGCAUCCCCUUCAGCCAGCGCAAGCCCGUCGUCUCCCACUCGUUCCUCCCCAUUAGCACCCCGUUCCAUACCCCUUAUCUGCAAGCGGCGUCGCAGCGCAUCAAGGCGCGUCUGGCCAGUCACACUGUCACAGCGGAGCAGCUACAGGUGCCUGUCCUGCAUACCGCCACGGGCGCCGAUCUCCGCGCCAUUCCCCAAGCCAAUGUGAUUGAUGCGCUCGUGGACGCCAUCACCACCGAGCCAGUCGACUUCCCCGUCCUCCUGGGUGAUGCAGCCACCACCCACUACAUCGUGCUCGGAGCGGGCCGACUCAGUGAGCUGGUCAGGCAGAUCCGUCUUGGCUACGGCCAGCAGAUCAUUGCGGGCAGCGAGAUCAAGUCCUCGAGUGCCGACGUCUCCGGCCAGGCAGACCUCUUUGCCGCCACCCUGCGCCCACCCCAGCCCUCAUGGGCCGAGGCCUACCAGCCCCGUUUGGUGCAGACGGCCAACGGCCGACUCAUCCUCGACACGAAGCUCAGUCGUCUCCUGCAGGUCCCUCCCAUCAUCACCGCCGGGAUGACCCCCACCACGGUGCCGUGGGAUGUGGUGGCCGCGGUCAUGAACGCGGGCUACUUCAUCGAAUUGGCCGGCGGCGGCUACCACACCGAGGACGAGAUGCGCGUCGCCAUCGAAAAGAUUGCCGCCAGCAUCCCCGCGGGUCGCGGCAUCACCUGCAACCUCAUCUACGUCAACCCCAAGGCGAUUGCCUGGCAGACCCGGCUGAUCCAGAAGCUCAUCCGGCAGGGUGUGCCGAUUGACGGCCUGACCAUCGGGGCCGGUGUGCCGUCGCUCGAGGUCGCCCGCGAAUACAUUGAUGAUCUCGGCAUCCAACACAUCUCCUUCAAGCCUGGAUCCGUCGAUGGCAUUCAGGCCGUGCUGCAGAUUGCCGACGACCAGCCGACGUUCCCCAUUGGUCUGCAGUGGACCGGUGGCCGCGGCGGUGGCCAUCACUCGUACGAGGACUUUCACGCGCCCAUCCUGGCGACCUACGCCGAGAUCCGCAAGCGCGAUAACAUCCAUCUCAUUGCCGGUAGUGGCUUCGGCGGGGGCGAAGACACCUACCCCUACCUGUCUGGUCAGUGGUCCGUGGCGCGCGGCUAUCCGGCCAUGCCCUUUGACGGCAUCCUGCUGGGCAGUCGCAUGAUGCUCUGCCGCGAAGCCCACACCAGCCCGGCCGUGAAGCAGCUCAUCGCCAACACGCCCGGGGUGCCCGACGAGGAGUGGGAGAAGAGUUACACGGGCAGCGCGGGCGGGAUCAUCACGGUGCGGUCUGAGAUGGGCCAGCCCAUCCACAAGCUGGCGACGCGUGGCGUCCGGCUGUGGGCUGACUUGGAUCAGACGCUGUUCAAGCAUCCGCGGCCCAAGAUGGUUGAGGAGCUGGCCAAGCGGAAGACGGAGAUCAUCACCCGGCUAAACCAGGACUACGCCAAACCCUGGUUUGGCCAGGAUGCCAAGGGCCAGCCGGCCGACCUGGCAGACAUGACCUAUGCUGGGGUAUUGCGUCGUCUCGUCGAGCUGAUGUGGGUGGCUCACCAGCAGCGCUGGAUUCAUCCCUCUUACCAGCGCCUGGUCUCCGACUUUGCCCUGCGCACCCUGGAACGAGUCACCCCGGAGGUCGACCUGGAUUUGGGUCUUCUGUCGACGCCAUCGGUCUUCCUGCAGGCGCUGGCCGAGCAGUGCUCCUCAUCGACUGCUCAGCGACUUCACCCCGAUGAUGCCGCGUUCUUCCUGCGUCGCUGCCAGGCGCGUGGCCAGAAGCCGGUCCCCUUCGUGCCGGCUCUGGACGAGAACUUUGAGACGUGGUUCAAGAAGGAUUCCCUGUGGCAGUCGGAGGACAUCGAGGCCGUGGUGGGCCAAGAUCCCGAGCGGGUGUGCAUCUUGCAUGGCCCCGUCGCGGUCCGAUAUGCCGUCGACAAGGACGAAUCAGCCCAGGAGAUCCUGGAUGGCAUUGCGGCCUAUCACACCCACACGGCGCUGCAGGAGUUCUACCAGGGCGAUCUGCAGCAGGUGCCCCAGGUUGCCGAUGCCGCGGCGACAUCUCCGCUGGCGGGCAGCGCGGCUGUUACUCAGACCUUCCACGCCCAGGAGGAGGAGGUGAGCUCGCUGGACCUGAUCACGGCCAGCUCCUUUGGCUGGGUGCGUGAUCUCCUCGAGACGCCUACCAUCAUGCGGGCUGGUAUUCGCAAGAAGAACCCCUUCCGCGACAUUCUGACCGUCCAGCCGGGUCAGAAGCUGGUGGUCAAUCACACGGAGCAGCGCGUCGUCCUCUGGGAGAGCAGCACCGAGCAGCCGGUGGUCAGCAUUCACUGCGACGCCACCAAGCACAUCUCGGUGGAUCUGCACCAGCCCGGCGCAUUCACGGCGGCCCCUGCUGUCCUGUCCCUCAAGUACAAGGCCCUCACAUCUGGUCUGUCCCCGGCCCUGGAAGAGAUCGUCGACGGACGCAAUGACCGCAUCAAGGACUUUUACCGCAACCUCUGGCUCGGAGCUGGCGCGGAUGCCAUCCAGGACAUCCACGCCACCUUCCAGGGUCCCGAGGUCACUCUCACCAGUACCCUACUCGCCGACCUGUACCAGACCCUGGGUCUCACCCCCACAGGCAUCCGCCCGACGGCCCUCCCCAUGGACAUUGCCAUUGUCAUCGCUUGGGAGCCGCUGGUUGAGCCGCUCAUCAGCACCGGCAUCGAGGGCGAUCUGCUUCGCCUGGUGCAUCGCUCCAACGACAUCGCGUACGUGCCCGGGGCCGAACCGUUCCAGAUCGGCGACGUGCUGCGCGCCAGCUCGCAGAUCCAGGCCAUUGUCAUCGAACCCACUGGCAAGUCCGUCGUGGUCAAGGCCACCAUCGAGCGCGCGGACGAGCCCAUUGCCUGUGUCACGGCCAACUUCUUCAUCCGCGGUCCAUACACCGACUACGCCUCGUGCUUCGAGCGCAUCACCGAGCCCGUCACUCAGCUCGAGGUCGCCACCCCGGUCGACGAGGCGCUGCUCCAGUCCCGUCCCUGGCUGCAACUCGAUGAUGCCGAGGCCCAACUCGUCGGCAAGACCCUGUGCUUCCAGCUGGAGACAUCCACCGAGUGGAAGGACCAGACGACCUUCAAGACGCUGCAAACCAGCGGCACCGUGUCUCUUUUGUCCUGGAACGGCAAGCAAACACCUAUCGGUCGAGUCUCGUUCCACGCCCAAGACUGCAAGGCCAACCCGGUCUCGGACUUCCUCCGCCGUCGUGGCCAGCCCCUGGUGGCCCGCAAGACGCUCGACGUCGCCAUGGAGCUGAACCAGACCUCCGAGGGCGUGCAGAUCCCUGUCACCAACACGGCGUACAGCACCUUCUCCCGCGACUACAACCCCAUUCACAUCUCCUCCGUGUUUGCGCGGUACGUCGAGCUGCCGGGCACCAUCACCCACGGCAUGUACACGUCCGCCGCGGUGCGUGCCGUCGCCGAGCGCUGCGCUGCCCAGGGCGAUGUCUCCCGCUUCCGGCGCUGGGCUUGCUCGUUUGUCGGCAUGGUUCUUCCGGAGGACCAGCUGGAGGUGCGCGUCCAGCACGUCGCCAUGAUUGAGGGUCGGCUGUUGUUGAAGAUCACGGCCGUCAAGGCCGGCACCGACGAGGCGGUCAUCCAGGCCGAGGCCGAGGUCGACCAGCCCUCGACGGUGUACGUCUUUACCGGCCAGGGCAGUCAGUCUCCUGGGAUGGGCCAGAGUCUGUACAAGUCCAGCCCGGCUGCCCGAGCUAUCUGGGACGCCGCGGACAAAUUCUUCAUCGAGACCUAUGGAUGGUCCGUCCUCGAGCUCGUCCGCCAGAACCCGACAGCCCUCACGGUGCACUUCCGGGGUAACCGCGGUCGCCAGAUUAAGGCCAACUACAUGGCCAUGACUAUUGACGCGUACCGUCCGGAUGGAUCCGUGGUCAAGGAGCCUAUCCUCCCGGAGCUGACUCCCGCUUCCACCUCGUACAUCUUUGCGGACCCCCGAGGCCUGGUCUUCUCGACGCAAUUCGCACAGCCCCUGGUGCUGCUGCUCGAGCGCGCCGCCGUGGAGGAUCUUCGCCAGCGAGGCGUCGUGCAGCAGGAUGCCGCGUUUGCCGGCCACUCUCUGGGCGAGUACGGAGCUUUGGCGUCGUUUGGCGAGUUUAUGCCGUUUACGGAUCUGCUCCGGGUGGUGUUCUACCGAGGCCUGGCGAUGCAAGUGGCCAUUGAGCGGGAUGAUCAAGGCCGGACGAACUUUUCCAUGGCGGCCGUGAACCCGGCUCGGGUGGGGAAAUUCUUCUCCGAGAAGGCCCUGAGGCAAAUUGUCACCCUAAUCGCCACCUCGACCAAUGCCCUGCUCGAGAUUGUCAACUUCAACGUCGAGGGCGAGCAGUAUGUGUGUGCCGGAACGCUGGAGAACCUCCACGCCCUCGCCGCCAUCACCGACACCCUCGCCCGAUCCCCUACCGGCGCUGCCCUGGCCCACGAAUUCACCCACCCCCCCGCCACCGACCGCGCUGACCUGGAAUCCACCAAGCUCAUCCAGCGCUGCAUCGCCGCGGCGCGCCAACUCCCCACCCCCGUAACCCUGAAACGCAGUCUCGCGACGAUCCCCCUGCAGGGCAUCGACGUGCCAUUCCACUCAGCGCACUUGCGACCGGGGGUCGCCUCGUAUCGCAAUUUCCUGGAGGAACGGAUUCCCAAGACGGAGGUCGAUCCGCAGAAGUUGGUGGGCAAGUGGAUUCCGAAUGUUAUGGGGACACCGUUUUCGUUGAGUCGCGAGUAUAUUGAGGGGGUGUAUGGGUUGACGAAGAGUCCGAUUUUGGGGGCGGUGUUGGCUGCGUAGAUUGACGGAUGGAGUUUGGAGUGUGUUGCGUGUUUUGUGCUUCUUUGUGAGUUU